ACUAAUUCGUCUCCGAAUUUAAAAUCAUUCUGUAGAAAAAAUCAAUACAUACAGUACGUACUACCAGUACUACAAAAUGUACAGCACAUCAUGAAAAAAGAAUGGUGAUGAACAGAACCAUUAUCUCAAACAACGAUGGCUCGUUUGUCAUCGACGAGCGUAUCUACCUCUCCAAUUCAGGAAGAAGAAGGAAAAGAAGAAGUGUCUGCAUGGAGACGCGAUCCGGAAUCCUCGUUCAGCGAUUGGACGAUCCGUGUCAUUCGAAGCAGCAACGAGAACGCCGUCGUGACUGGCGUCACCAACUUCGACGGUGGAAGCAGUUGUGAUGUGAACGAUAGAACCGAUACUUCGUCGCUUUCCAAUGCUCUGGAUUCAGAAGGACUUGGUGACAGUCACUGUGAUGACGAGGAGGUGACGUACCAUGUUCAUCGUGUCUACUUGGCAUCCGGGCCCCGAAAAAGCGAAUACUUCCGAACUCUAUUCUCAUUGACAACCAACACUCAAGAAAAGGUAUCGAGGACUACAACGCUUGAACUACCAGAAUCUUCGUGUUCGAUUUUCCCUGUACUGUUGGAUUAUAUUUACAGCGGUGAAACCGAAGAAAAUACUGUCUUAUGCGGACACUUCGGUGACAGCAUCGAUGUUGCGGUCCUCAGGGAAGCGGUGGCAUUGUAUUUUUUGGCCGACUAUUUACAAAUACAGAAGUUGAUUCCCAUCACAAAAAAACUUGUUCAAAAUCUCUUGAGCGAUGUGAAUGUACACUUUCUGUGUCGCGAGGCACUAAUGUACGGCAUUGAUUGGAUCAUAGAUGAUUGCAUCAUGGUAGCGUCAUGGUCCCCUCGCGAUUUCUUUGCACCGACAACAGAAACGGGAUCUCCCGCAUCCUGUUCACCAUCGACUCAUCCGAACACUCCCUUGUCACAUACAGCUCCUCCAGCCUCACAAACCUUUGACAUGUUGCCUCUAGAGAGACAAGCAGAGCUAUUGAAACUUUCUUUAUCGCAUACGUUGCGGGAGCUUGGCCGAUUCAAACGGGUCCCAUCUCGAUGGAAGGAUGACAUCGAUGAUGUUGUUGCCACGCACAUGCCGACGUUGAUGCUCAGCAAAGAAAGUGGGGAGAACGAAAACCGAAUCCGGGACUAUCGAUUGCCAGCUCAGGGAUGCGGUUUGCCCUUUCCAGACAACAGAAUGUGUCCCUUGUUUUAUUUUGAUCGAGAUCGAGACCACACAACACCCGUCGCGUCGCCUUUGGCUCAAUCCCAACCAAGUGGGCAGGCGGCUAUUAACGUUGGUUCGAAUUCGUUCGAGACAUAAUAGUUUGAAUUUUGCUGGAAACGACGUAUUCGCUUUGCCGUAGCCCGGACCAUCUUGGCGACAAGCGACAUGUGCACGUCGUCUCGUGGCUCUGUCAUCGUCCGAACCACCUAGGCACCAAUGAAGAAGCACUCGAUUUGUAAUGAAUGAAUGUCGUUCAUAAUGCAAUGUUUGAGAGAAAAAAAACUUAACCAACAC